AUGGAGAACCAUGCACAUAUCAAUCCCUGUUUUAAUGAUUUCACCGACGACAACAGCUUCGCACAAAUGAUCGACGUCCUCAGAGGAGAGAACGUGAUUGCGGACCCCAUAGCUAGUUAUUACCACCAUCCCAACAACAGCCAAGGCGAGUUCAAUUGGGAGAUUGGGUUCAUGGAUGACGUCCACGGGUAUUGCCCCACACCUGAAGACAUGUUCGAUUUCAACACUGCCAGCAUCUCCGACCCUGACUCCUUUGUCCAAGCUCUUCAACCGCCCUUUGCUGGAGAAAUUGAAGAGAACAUGGGAGAUGAUUCAUCUGCUUCGAUGAUGAUAAGGACGACGAUGCACUCGGCAGACCGUUCCAGGACGUUGAUCUCAGAGCGGCGUAGAAGGGGCCGAAUGAAGGAGAAGCUCUAUGCAUUACGCUCAUUGGUUCCUAACAUAACAAAGAUGGACAAGGCCUCCAUUGUAGGAGAUGCGGUUGUGUAUGUGCAGGAUUUGCAGAAACAGGUCAAGCAGCUUAGAGCUGAGAUAACAGGGCUUGAAUCAUCGUCAAUUGAAGGGGGAUGUGAAAGAUUACAGGGUUCCCUCGAGCAAACUCAAGCUGCAGACAACAGUAAUAAUAAUAAGAUUCUGAUUUGCAGGAAGGUUGUUAAGAUGGAUGUGUUUCAAGUGGAGGAGCGGGGAUUUUAUGUGAGGCUGGUGUGCAACAAGGGAGAUGGAGUGGCAGUGGCCCUUUACAAAGCUCUGGAAUCUCUCACAUGCUUCCACGUACAGAGCUCCAACUUUUCCACCCUCCCUGGACGUUUCAUCCUGACGUUUACGCUCAAUGUUAGAGAAUGUGGGGAGGAGACAAGUGUGUCAGCCUUGAAGUUGUGGGUGAUGGGAGCCCUUCUACACCAGGGAUUCGACUUCAAAGCAACAUCGCCUUAGGGUUGAGAUGUUUAUCACCCAUAGUAACAGAGCUUUGUUACGCCCACAAACGUACUAGGCAAACCGUGUACAGACAGGUGCAAAUAUUCAAGCCAUCCAUCAUGUGGGUCCCGCACUAUGCAGGUAUUGUGGCCCAAGAACAAAACUAGUCCACAGUAGGACGCCUUUAGAAACAUGUAUAUGCACCGUAAAACAUGGCCGAGUUUUUUUUUCAAGUGGUACAGUUGUUUCUUGAACUACGACCCACGUGACGAGUGGACCAACCGACUCUUCAGUAAGGGGAUCUAUAUAGUGAUACCCCUCUGAUGGAUGGACUGGAUCUUGUACCUAUGUGCCACACUAGAACAUCGAGUGGCAUUUACACAGGCUGCCUUAUUCAUGCGUGUGGAUUUUAGUGAAGCUCAUCGCAACAUGUAGCUUAGCCUUCCUUUCUUGUAAUAACAUGGGUGCAUGGGUGGGGGUGCCCGGAAAGAAGAAGAAAUGAAAAAAAAAAUUCUCCCAUGUUGAAGUAUUAUGGCAACUAGUGAGGAAUGAAUGAAUCAUCGCCAUUUGACCU